UCUGUUCAAGAACUUUGAACCUUUUGGGGAAACUUGUCGUUCAGUAUGAACCGUUAAGCUACGUAGCAAACGUUCAAUCCAACUGAACUCACCUCUUGAGAUCAACUUUACAAUGGAGAUGUGAUCGUUAGCUACAAUGCCUGUCCUCGCUUCAUUGUUGCAUUCAAAUGUAACUACAAGUUGUGUUCCAUGUUUACUUUUCCUAACGGAUGCAUUGGACAACAUGCGAGAGCUGUCAUUAUUCUUUAGACUUGUAAAAUUCGACAGCUCAUGAUAUAGCGGAUAGCUUUCGCUAAAGAUGGUACAACAAAUGCAUGAAGCAAGACAAGCUAACGGAAAAACAUUAGAGAGCGGCGGGACAGGGGGUAUUUAGCUAUGGAUAGCCCAAUGUUUUCGAAGUACUCAUGGCUCGAUUUUCUUUUCUCGGUAGUCGGUGUGUGUACCUUCUUGUUUGACGUGGGAUCCGACAUUUGGGUCGCUACGGAGUUGUACUCGCGUGGGGAUUUCUUCUGGUUCGGGGUGUUGAUCGGCCUUAUGGUCCUGUCUUCGGUAGUGGUCCAGAUGUUUAGCUGGUUCUGGUUCAAAUACGACCGCGAACUGGAGGGCUUCGAUGAGCAAACUGCCAAGAAUGUCCUCUUUGGAGGCUGCGUCAAACUUUCAUUCCUGCUACACGUACUUCAGCUCGGAUUCUUUUGCAGACACAUCUCAGCCAUAUGGCAGGGCUUCCGUGUGUGGUGGCGACAGGAGCAGGGCUCGGGGUACGUCGUGUACCUGACUCACGACCUGAGCAUGCUGCGCCUCAUCGAGACCUUCUGUGAGAGCGCCCCGCAGCUCACCCUCAUGACCCACAUCAUGCUGCACACCAACAAGGCCAGGACGGUACAGUGUGUGAGUGUCGUGGCGUCAACUACCUCCAUAGCCUGGAUGGUGGUGGAUUAUCACCGCUCCCUGCGUUCCUUCCUCCCAGACAAGGCCAAGCAGGGCUGGGGCUCCGCCUUGGUCUACUUCCUGUGGAACCUGCUCCUCAUCGCGCCGCGCGUGGCAGCAGUCGCCCUCUUCGCCACAAUUCUGCCCUCCUACUUGGCUGCCCACUUCCUGCUUAUCUGGCCAGUGCUGGUGUUCUGGGUGUGGCGGCAGGAGACAGACUUCAUGGACAGCGCCGGCGGAGAAUGGCUCUACCGGGCCACCGUAGGUCUCAUCUGGUACUUCAGCUGGUUCAACGUGGCGGAGGGAGGGACCAGAAGGAGGAGCAUCAUCUAUCACUCCUUCAUGGCUACGGAUGGAGGGAUUCUGCUUGUCACAUGGUGGUUCUACAGAGACCCGGUCCUGACGCAGUCCUACGCCCCCAUCCUGCUGGCCACUCUGCCCCUCACCUACCUGAUGGGAGUCCUGUUUAAAACACUCUACUACUACUGUUUCCACCCCACGCUGUGGAUGCCCUCCGUCAGGGAGGCAGGGUUAGAAGAGGAGCUGCCUGAUGGUCAGGAGAUGGUGUUCAGAUCCAUCGCCCCACAAACUGGUACUCCCCGGUUCCAUAACAAGAGGAUGGCAAGCCAUGCCACUCACUUCUACUCCGAGGAGGAAGCCAGGAAGCCCAGUAAGAUAAACGGGCGCGAGGCCAACGCUGUUGUCUGACUGGAUGUGCUUGAACGAAACUCUUAUUUACAUGCAAUGAUGGAGUGAUGGAAUGUCUGGUGUCUCUUUCUACACCAUCCUGUUUUUCCAUGCUGCAUUUUUGUAUAAAUAAGAUGCUGCACAACUUAUUGUAAAUCAUAUUCUGUGAAACAGUGAUAAGGUCACUGAAGUUUUGUCCCAAAUGGCACCAUAUUCCCUAUAUAGUGCACUACUUGUGGCCAGGGCCCAUAGGGAUAUGGUCAAAAGUAGUGCACGAUGUAGAGACUAGGGUUCCAUUUGGGAUACAAGUCUGAGCAGGUUCCAUUGAUCAAUAUUGGAGUUGUCAUGAAACAGCUAUUGGUUUAUUCAACGAAAUUAGUCCUUUUUGGGUUCUGUAACUUAGUGGGAGAAAAACAAUGUUUAAUUUCACUUAAUUGUAACAUUCUGUCACAAAGAGCACAUGUUCAACUUAAUAAAAACAUAUUUUCCCCAUCUCAAGAGGUUAAAUAACAUUUUUAAAACUAUAUUAAGUGGCAAAUAAAGUAACAGGGUUGACGACUUUAUGUUAAAUCAGCGAUAGUUCCCCUUGUGACAGGGGGAAUGGAAGCUUGUGUGCAACAGGGAGAGGCAAUUGAAUGCAAGCUUCACAAAACGCUUCACAAAACAAGUGAAACUGUAAAACAUUUCUAGCCUGUCUAUCCAUGGGUAACAGGGUUGACGUCUUAUCCUCGAACCGCUCAGUUUUCCACCACAAAACACCAGAAAAUGGCCAAAACAAGUAGAUUCAGCUCACCUGCUCUUACACUAUUAACGUUCAAUGUAAAAAUAUAUAUAUAUAUAAAAAAAAAUGUUUUCAUCAUAUUAAAACGAGAGUUCAGAUCAAAUAACAGUAUUGACCUUAAAAUGAGGGAAAGAAAAGUAAACAAUCUUAUUUGAUGUCACAAAAUGCUUUUGGAUUUUCGCAAGUCUUCAUUUAUAAUUAAAGCUCAGAGUUGAUAGAAUUUUCUAUUCGGUCAAUAUUAAAGGUAUACUUUGGGAUUUUGGCAAUGAGGCCCUUUAUCUACUUUCCCACACUUAGAUGUGGAUACCAUUUUUUUGUAUGUCUCCAUGUCCAGUAUGAAGGAAGUUAGAUGUAGUGUCGCCAGUCAAUGCUAACUAGCGUUAGUGUAAUGAAUGGAAGUCUAUGGGUAUCUUAAGUUAGCAUUUGCACUAGAGCUAGUUAGCAACUUCCUUUAAACUGCACACAGAGACAUAAAAAUGGUAUCCCACGAGUUCAUCCGACUCUGGGGAAGGCGAUAGAGGGCCUCAUUGCCAAAAUCUUGAAGUAUCCCUUUAAAGGACACUUAAUUUAAUAUAACAGGCUUGUAAAAUUCAAUAUUGGUGCACCGUUUCUACUUAAAAUCUCAAAAUACCUAAUUGCGCGUGAAACAACUCUGCUACCGUUCAUGAUGCCAAAGGUAAUUAGAAGAAUAAGUAAUGGUACAUUUGUAUCCGUUAUUAUCAUUGUGUGAAAAGUUUGUAUUUUUAUUUGGGAGAUUGUUACCCAUCUACAGCGUUCUGAAAGUUAUUUUACAUUUUUGUUAUGUACGAUGAAUGUACGAUGAACUAUCACGUUCCUCGCUUUCCUGUUGUAACUGUUGUGUUAUUUUUAAGUCUUUGUCAGUGUCUCUGCCGACAGUGCAUCCACCAAUGUCUGUGACGGUCACUCGUCCACCAGCUUCAUUCGUCUUUUUUUCUAUACACAGCAUCAAAUCUAUGUAGGCCACACUGUACGUACACAUGGAUGGAACGUCAGUACAGUUUGAUUAGAGUCCCAAAUGACACCCUAUUCCUGCACUACUUUUGACAUUAUGUUGUGGACAAUGUUCUGGAUGUUCCGGCUCCCGAGUGGCGCAGCGGUCUAAAGGCACUGCAUCUCAGUGCUAGAGGCGUCACUGCAGACCCUGGUUCGAUUCCAGGCUGUAUCACAACCGGCCGUGAUUGGGAAUCCCAUAGGGCGGCAAACAAUUGGCCCAGUGUCGUCCGGGUUUGGGUUUGGCCCAAUGAAGGCCGUCAUUGUAAAUAAGAAUUUGUUCUUAACUGACAUGCCUAGUUAAAUAAAAAAAUGUAUAGCCAUACCUGUGGCCUUGUGAAGUUAUGUUCCUAGAAUGUUAAGAUUUCUGUGUGAAACAUUAUUGGAUACUGCAGAAUGGAAUCAAAUAUUCCAUAUUUUAACUGUCAUCUCAUUCGUUCUGCACAUGAUUGUUAUUACAGUGUGUUGUGGGAACCUAUUCCCCUGAAGGUCAACCAUUCAGCCUUUCUCUUAUCUCAUCAUUUAAAGGGCAUGUAAUGCUGGGCUAUUAAAAUCAUAAGACCAUCACAAA